AAGAGGAGUGGAUUACAGGGAGGAGAAGAAGAUGGAGAACUUGUCCCGGUGGGUGAGGGAAGCUGGGUGGUGGGUGAGGAGGUGCUGCUGUGGUGAGGAAGAUGAGGAUGAGGAGGAGAAAGGGAGGAGGGAUGAAGAAGAAGAGGAGGAGGAGGUGGAGGUGAAGCUGGAGGAGCUCAGCUUCAGAAAAAGUAGAAGUUCGACUUCGCUGCCGGCGGCUGAGGUGGAUCCAGACCAGUCCAGCUCGUCCCCCUCCGGAUCCCAGCACCACUGGUUCCACACUCUGCAGGCCCGACGGCUGCGGGUUCAUAGAGGACGAAGCAACAGUGACCCGCUGGGAGGGAAGAGCAGCGACGACCACUUCACCUGGAGACCAGGUCUUCAGUUUGGAACAGCUCAGUCUUACCUGAGUCUGGAGAAACUGGGAGAGGGAGCGUACGCCUCCGUCUAUAAAGGCAUCAGCAGGAUUAACGGGCAGCUGGUGGCUCUGAAGGUGAUUCGUAUGAAGACGGAGGAAGGCGUCCCGUUCACUGCCAUCAGAGAAGCGUCUCUGCUCAAAGGUCUGAAACACGCCAACAUCGUCCUCCUCCACGACAUCAUCCACACCAGAGACUCGCUCACCUUCGUCUUUGAAUAUGUGCAAACAGACCUGGCCCAGUACAUGACCCAGCACCCCGGAGGUCUGCACUCACAUAACGUCCGGAUCUUCAUGUUCCAGCUGCUGCGAGGUCUCUGCUACAUCCACAGCCGGAGGAUCCUCCACCGAGACCUGAAGCCUCAGAACCUGCUCAUCAGCUACCUGGGAGAACUCAAACUGGCCGACUUUGGUCUGGCUCGGUCCAAGUCCAUCCCCAGUCAGACCUUCUCCUCUGAGGUGGUGACCCUGUGGUACCGCCCCCCCGACGUGCUGCUGGGAUCCACAGAUUACUCCACCGCCCUGGACAUGUGGGGGGCCGGCUGUAUCUUCAUCGAGAUGCUGCAGGGGGCGCCGGCAUUCCCCGGAGUCACUGAUGUGUUUGAACAGCUGCAGAAGAUCUGGACGGUCUUGGGCGUCCCCUCUGAGGACAACUGGCCUGGAGUCAGUUUGCUGCCCAAUUAUAAACCAGAGUGGUUUCAUCAGUCUGAGCCAAAACAGUUCAGGGCCGUUUGGAAGAGGCUGAACCAGUUGCCCUAUAAGACUGAGGACCUGGUCCAGAGGAUGCUGAAGGGGUUCCCUGCAGACCGGAUCUCAGCUCAGGACUCUCUGCAGCACCCGUACUUCAGCACACUGCCCCCUCCCAUCAUGCACCUCAGAGACACCGUGUCCGUCUUCAAGGUUCCAGGUGUUCAUCUAGAGACGGAGGUCAGAGACAUCUUCAACCCCGGGCGGAGGGUCAGACCCUCCCUGCUGCCCGCCGCCAAGUGCUGGUGAUCCAACCCUCCAAUCAGCCCACC